CAGUCGGUUUGUCAGUGCUCGCGAGAGGUUUACGGGUUUACAUUUGCUCAGUUGUGAUAUUCAAUAUUUUCAACAUUUAAUAAAAAAACAUGAUCGUUAUCGUGGUAAAAACCUAGUUGUGGUCGGUGAUAGUGCAAACGAAUAAUGUUAUUUUUCUACGUAGACUGCACACCUUGAUAAAAGUCUGCGAGUGAUUCGUCACAAAUCAUGGAUGAGAAUGCGAAAGUGCCGGAUUCCCCGAAACCUUUAGCUUUCACGAUUGAUUUCGGUAGCAAUCAGAACACCCUAAGACAAAAAGCGUUAGCCGAAAAGUUUCAAAAACGGCAUAAAAGAGGACAAUCCCUGUCUAAGCUAGACGAAGCACAACAAUCCUCGACAAGCAGUUUACCGAGAAAAUCCAGCUUUCAAUCGGAGGGUUAUUUUUCCUCCGAUGAAAAACCGGAUAGAGCGAAAAGUGCUCAUGCACGGAUCAAUGCAAGUGCCAAACGCAGCGACCUGUCGCUUCCUUUAAGAAACACUACAUUAGAACGAAUGGUGCAAUCUUACCCUUUCCCUACUCCGGAAAUAGAGCUCAAAGACGUCUCCUGUCCGGAAUUAGUCCAAAUAAGUCCGUUCAGCCCUAAAGAGCAACUGAGCAGCGAAGACAACUCCAUCAACUCCACGAAAUGCGAACAACUCUACAUCGGCGAGGAAGAAACUUUCAUCGAUGGCAUUGAAUUCGAUUUCGAUAAAGACGAUACAGCGAGCGAUACCGGUACUUAUACGUUAGACGGAGACAACUAUUCCGAAGAACAAAAAGCCCGCAUGAGCAUCGACAGGGAUUUCAAAAUCGAACAAGUUACGUUAGAAGAAAAAACCAAAGAGUACGUGAAAAGUUUAUCCACAAUGCGCGACAACGUGCUGCAAAAUGUGUCGCUAAUGAACGACGAAAUGACGAGGAACAUGCGAAUGAUGAAUUUAAAGUCCAGCGACAUGUCCCCGUUGAAUCCCAAGUCUCCGAAAUCCCCUAGCAUAUUAAAGCGAUUCGGCAAACUCUCGCCUAUAUUAUCGCCUACGCAAAAUCUAUCGAUAACAGACGUCGAUUGUAGCGAACAGGAACAUCUCAACAACAGUAACUGUGAUGCGAAUACUACUUUUACUAAAAUCCUCUAUCCUAGUCCGAACGCCAAACGGGACGGCUUGAGGCAGAAUUACGAUCAAGGCUCCGUGAUAUCCGUAACGUCCAGUGGCGCUUUCAAAAAAUCCGAUAAAAAAGACAAGCUAUCCAGCCUGAUGAAAUCCGAAGUGCAAGUUCAAGCGUACAUAGACAACGGGGAAUACGUCGAACCCGUUUACAGCAAUAGCAAAAAAAUCGAAAAAUCCACGCCUAAACUAACCACUACCAUAGUCAACGUGCAAAGCAUCGACGUGCAGAGCUCGGUGGAUUCCGCCGGCGUUUUAAGCGCUAAUAUAGUAGUAACGCCGAAACUUCCACCUUCAAUCGGCGGUUACUCAUCAAGUAAAAUUCCGUCGCCCACUCACACGGUCGCGAGGCCGAGGAGCCGCAACAACUUGGACAAUCCCGAUACGGAAACCAUUCUCAAACCGACGCAGAACUACAUAAACUCCCUGCAACAACGAUUAUCCCUCGAUCCCAACCACGACAUUCGAACGCAACUGAACAACACGGCACAAAUACUGAAGCGCAAAGCCUCGCACACCAGGCACAAUUCGCUCGACGACGCCAUGAACCUGUCGAACAAGCUCGAGCACUUCCAGAACAAGACGUUCUCGAAUAUCGACCAAACGUAUUCGAAUUUGUUGAAUCAAUAUUCGCACAAGAUCCAAAACUCCCCCAACAACUCGCCGAUACGGCGCUCGAGCAGCUUCACCAACAAGCACCCGAUCAAAAACACCAACAACUUCGCCCGCAAGGAGUCGAACGUGUGCAAUUCGCCGAACGUCACCAGGAGCUCCUCGUCGGCCUCGAUCAAGCCGGGCUACCUGAGCAACAGGAGGCGCAGCCAACAAUUCGGCGACACCGAAUCCAGCUCGGACGACGAUCUGCUCAAGAAAGAUCAGAAACGCAAAGAUCUGUCGACCAUAACGAAUACCAGGUGCAAUAGGGCCUUCAGCUUGAGGCGGGCCCGCGCCGACGGAGACAACGAACCCAACCAGCCGCUCAAAUGUCCGAAUACGCCGGAGAUGCGCCGGAGGAACGUGCCACACGAACGUGCAAUAUCCGUCGAUAGGAAACCGAUGAAGACCAACGAAGUGCAGAGUCGCUAUCUGCUGAACAUCGCCAAGAAGUCGCCCGUCGUCGCCGCCGCCGCGACGCCCGCCAAAGAGGCGAAAAUCGUGCCAAAAGUUACCAAUACCAGUAGGUCUAACGCUGCGGCCAGGCCGCAGAACUUCGCCAGGACCGAUAGCGGUAGAUACAGCAUGCGAGCCAGCAAGCCUCUCAUCACCAGCAGCAACUCAAAAACCUCCAAGAAGGACGCUAAUGGCAAAAAGCAACAGGGCGGUCUUCGAAGCAACUCGUCCCUUUCCAGUCGGGAGGUCGAGUUCCAGAAUUGGAAGAGGCGGAAGAGCUACGAUCCGAUGAAAGCGGCCGCUGAAGGGAAGAAAAAGGAGCAGGCCAAGCGCCAAUCGCUGGGAAACGGCCAAAAUAUCAUGACUCAAUCCUGCACGGAGGCCAAUCACAGCCAGGACAGCUCGCCAUCUCAUUCCAGCUCUGUCUACAGAUCGCAGAGUUUCCACGGUACGGCCGCCCUGGAGCAGUUGAUCAGCUCGGACGAGGAAGAGGAAGAUUUGACCCUGUCGCCGGACGAGUGUUUCAGCCCGCCGACGCCGAGCCCUUGCGAGAUGAGCCCUUCGAGGGCCUCUUUGAGGCACAACCUGUGGGGGAUUCGGCAUUGAGCGUGGUCUCGCUGGACGCGAUUAGAAUUGAAAGGAAUUUCGAAGCGAUUUUUAGACGAAUAGAACGUGUUAGAAGUAGCGAGACUCGGUUGAAUCGAGACGUUACCGCGACGAUAAUAAGACUGGUGUUAUUUAUGUCCAUGCUUGGUGAAAACGAUUGUUUUCAUCUAAGGCAAAAAUUAUUAGUAUAGGCGAGGUUUAGUGUGUCGGGUGAUGGGGUGUUUUGGUAUGGCACUGUUAGCUUUGUUCAUCCGAUAUUUAGAUGUAAAAUACCGUAUGUUACAGAAAUUGUGCAAUUUAUAAUUUCAACGGAGUCUCGAUAACUUUUAGUGCGAAAUUUUAAUGUAAAUAAUCGCAUCUCUCAUUUUUGAUACUGUGUUGUUUUUAAAUAGGUAAUGUCUUUCAUAAUAUCGUCCUUUUCUUCCUCUUUCGUCCUGUUUUCGACUGAUUGCAAUUUUUAUUGUGAUAAAGGUUUUCUUCGAUUUAUUUAUUUUUGGGUAGGCUAUUGUCCAUUUAAUUUCUACUCUACAGAAACCUUGUUAAUUUCGAAACAUUUACUAAACUAACGCAGCUCAACAGAACUACUUAAGUUAGUUUAUUUAUAAAAGACAACCCGCAAAUUAAUGAUUAAUCAAAAAUUAAAUUAAUUUAACUGUGAUAACUAAUACACUAACACCAAUAUUGACUUUAAAAGAUCAUUUUGACUCGUUUUCUUUAUAGCUGACUUAAAAAGCAUUACCUACUUAAUAAACUUUUUUGUUUCGUGCAAGCAUAUCAUCACUCGAAGCUUUAAAAAAAUCGGCAAAAUAUUUUCUUUACGUCCACGCAGUGCGGCAACUAAGAUGGUGAAUUCGAACAGUUUUUGUUGUACAAUUCCUUAUUAUUAAUGUUAUCUAUAUAUUUGUAUCGUUCUAUUUGAAUUCUGGUUUUGCUCUCCACCAUUUAUAUGUUGCUAUUCUGCCUCAUUUACGCUAUUGAUUGAUUGUAAUAGGAAUUGAGGAGUGUUAUGUAAGAUAUAAUUGAUUUUCGUAUAACUAAAUGUUAAAGGAAAAUUCGUCCUGUAAAAAUAAUUUGUGGAUUCUAAAGUUAUACAUUCGUACGAUCUAUUUUUGUUUGUAUUAAUUUAGCGUUAGGUGUUUAUGAUACAGGAAAAUGUGAUUUUUUAUAAUCUUGAGAUUAUUAAGGUUUUUAUUGUCCUUAUAAAAUGUUUAGAUUAUGCUUUAAAUAUAUUAUUAUAAAAAUUGUUAUUUAAUACUGAAGUUAUGUGUACAAUCUUACAAGACACUAUAAGCUAUUUUUUUAUUUAGUAGGUAUUUGUGUUUUUUAAAAUUGUUGUCUACCUGAAAUAUUAUUUGUGUAUUGCUCAUGUUUAAUUCAAC